GUUAUUCAUUUUUGUACUAAGAAAGUGUUUUUGGCAGAGUCAGGAGUCUAAGUCCUGACACACACACACACACGCACGCACACACACUCUUCAAACAAGCUUGUAAACGGCUCCCUGCUACUUUUUAUUCAGCCUGUAAAACGGUGGUUCAAGUCCACACUUUAAAAAACCUAUAUGCUACACUCAGGCCCAUCUGGCAGCAGGCUAGUAGACUUACUAUCACAUUUCUGAACACAAAAGAAUGAUUUGAUUUAUUUCCCAUACUGGGUAAAUACAGUCUAACCAUGUGGUCCACGGUGUAACCAAUGGGCAGCCGAGAAGAAGGUAAGGGCAGGAAAAAAAUUACUACCAUUUUAGGGGAGGAUGUAAGCCACUAUACCAGCCCAUCUAACGUUUUACAGUCGCACUUAAGUGUCUUUUUAUUGAAAUAAUAAAAUAAACAUGUCGCUAACGAAUUAUUAUUCCAUGAUGGGGCUCCAGACCGAGGAGCCGUACGGUGCCCAUUUCAUCCCGGGAGGCUUGCAGGGUUCGACGGCCGGCUGCGCAAAGCCAACCCGGGGAGCGGAGGAGGAGCAGGGGACCCCCGGUUCACACAUUCCGGAUUUUUCACAUUUUUCCAACAAACAAACGAGCUUAAAUGGCUUUUCUCCCUGGACAAACACCUCUACUUCCUCUUCGCCUUCUUCUCCGCAGCUGCAGUCCGCCCCCGGUGCCUCCAUUCCCGGCCUUUUUCACCCACAUCACCUCCUGAGCCACCACCACCCUUACUACGGCCCACAGACGCAGAGUCCCGCCGAACACCUCGCAUCCUCGGCCGCGUCGGAGGGCAGGUUCGUCCGCUGCUGGGAGGGGGCGACUCCCAGCUCGGAGACCGCUCUGUCACAGGCUCCGGCCAGUUUUCCCGGGUGUCUCUCUGCUCAGGGUGACCUCUCCAAUCCGAGCCCGAGGUACGAGGCGGUUAAACCCGAGAGCUCACCGCCAUCACACGACAGCCCCGGGGAUUCCAGCUUCGCCAGCCCGGCUGAGGUGGUCCUCGAACGGCUUGGGACCGUGGAGGAGCUGGGAAGAAAGCCUGAGCCCAAGAAAGAGGACGACGAGAGAAAAACACAACAGCAGCUUGACCCGGAAAAUCCAUCAGCUAGUUGGAUCCACGCCAAGUCGACCCGGAAAAAGAGGUGUCCGUACACCAAACACCAGACCCUGGAGCUGGAGAAGGAGUUUCUCUACAACAUGUACCUGACCAGGGACCGGCGCCUGGAGGUGGCAGGACUCUUAAAUCUGACAGAGAGACAGGUCAAAAUCUGGUUCCAGAACAGACGGAUGAAGAUGAAGAAGCUGAUGAUCCGGGAGAGGAGGAGUAUUAAUGAAUGAUAGAUUUGGAGAGGGAGCUGGGCUUGUUUUUUUCCAGGAUAGGAUAGGAGGGGGUGGUGAGGUUAUUAGCUGAAAAAAGAAACGCAGUGCUCCAAGAUGGCCAACACCUUUAACAUCAACUGGCAUGAUCAGUUGCUACUGAGCAGCGGAUUGUGGGGCUAACAUGGCUGCCUUGGAAAAACUGCAGAGGUGAAACUCUGCAGGGGGAGACCGAGAUGUGUUGUAACACUUAAAAAAAUGCCUCAAAUCAGAUCGUGUUUUGACCUUUUCAUGUUGUAGAAUUCUUCCAUCCGCAUGUGACAAAAUGAAGACAGUCAACCUGUAACCUAGGAUAGUUGUAAAUAAUGAUAAAGAAUUAAGUGCUAACAUUUACAGAGAGAGAUCCAUAACAACAAGUUGAUAUCAAAGACUUUUCUCAUUUUAAAACACAUCUGUUUUUGAUAAGGUUGUAUAUCUCACAUGACCAAACUGGAAACACUCGACACAUACUUGAGUUCACAUAAAUUGCCUGUGCUUUCUGCCAAAACGCGAAUCGUGCUUUAAGAUUUAACACGAAAACUAUCAUCCUCAUAAAAACAGCUUUCAGUGAGCCAGACAAGACUGUACUACUAUCAAAGAUAAACCCCAUGAGGGGUCUUAUGACUGAGCACCUGUCUUUUAUGGUCCGAAAAUAGUCGCAGAGCAUUUAUGUGAAAUUAAAAUGAAAUACUUGUGGGAAAGGUUGCUAAACAAACAGGAGCCUGAUACUUUAGGACAAAGUAACGACCUAAUGGAGACAAGACAAUAAGACUAAACUGGGGAGAAAAGAUGAGUUUCAGUGGGAACUGAUGUACACCAACAUGAGCAAUUGAUGUACUCUAUUGAUAUGUUUGUUGGCUUUGGUUCAGAGACUAAAUCUGUUAAUAUUCUUUGUUUAAAAUGCAGUAGUUGUAAGUCAUUUGCAUGGUGCACAAAGCACAUUUAGUGUGGCUGGACUUAUUUUCUGUACUGCUAUUCAGUCUCAUUGCUUCUGGUUAACUUCUGGUUUACAAUGCCAUUACCCUUACACAGAAAACCACAUGUGAAACUGCUGUUUUCACCUGUGAAAUACCUGAAAAGAACAUAUGCUGAUAUUUGAAAUCAUCACGUGUGAAACUCGUGAAAUCCACGUGUGAUUAACCACAUGUGCCUAAAUGUGAAAUGGUCUUCCACAUGUGAUAAACACAUUUCAAAAUGUGAUAAUGUAAUGUGCACUCCUUUGUGAGGGAAAGUUUGUUCAAACCAAAGUCGUCACAGAAGGAGUGUCAAAAUGGAAGUUACUGUGAAACAUCCAACUUCAUGCAACUCAAAUGUGCAAGUGAUCGAUGGACAUUUUCUUUCCACGAGGUAUCUGAUUAUGCACACAACAACAACGUGAGAUGUUGCAGUGACUCUGGAUACUCUGCCAUAUUGGCUGUCUUUCCAAUACUGCAUUUAAAUUACCUCUUUUCACUGCAGAGUACAAUUUCAGUUUUAAUGAGUACUGUUGUCUUUCCCUGGUCCUGGGACUGAAAAUAGUUUUGCUAAAUAGCUGUAACCUGAGGUACCUGCUGAAAUAUGUCUUAUAAUAAAAUAUGUCUAUCUACAACUUUGCAGAUUAUUACACAGCUCACAGCUCUAACAUCAGUGUCACUUUAACCAAUAAAUGAACAAACACAAACAAAGAAUGUAUGUCAGGCAUGUCCAGGUGUCUGAGAGGCCUGUGCUUUGUAUCAGAGGCAUGUGUUACAACCAGCCCUGGUCUCCCCUAAAAUAACAUUCAGAAGGGACUUAAAACAUUUUGCUCCUCAAAACAGAAUGAGCUUCCUUCCUUCUCCUUGUUUUUAUAAACUGUGCAUGUAGUCAUAUUUGUUGUUAUUGUUGUUGUUGUUGCUGUUGUUGUCAUCGUUGCUAUGUGUAAGUGUUGUUACUGUGGGUCUUAUAUGCCAGAUAUGGUCAUGCCUGUAUUCCGCGCGCGCGCGCACACACACACAGACACACACACCAGUCAUGGCUAAGCUAUGGUGUGGCAGCAGUCUGAUGGUUAUUUUCACGUUUCGCCGUUACCUCCUGUCAGAAUAAACAGCUACAGUCCGUGUAAGACGUUUUGCAAGGACCACACGUUCAGAAACAACGCACAACCUAUUUUCAUUUUAGAAUGUAAAGUACGAUAACAUCACUUUAAACUAUUAUAGGAAUAUUAAAGGGAUUUUAGUGUUUUUUUUUUCACGAGGAUGAGAUGGACUCACAAACAACACAUUCUCUCUGCGAGAAAAGGGAACACAACAGGCUAUGUUAGCCUACAGCGGCAGGCCUGUGCUGUGAUUUAACUGGAGUCGAGGUGUGAAGAAAUAAGGCCUUCAUCUGCUCAUUUAGGCUAAAUAUGCUGCUCGUGGUGAUUUUUUAAAAAUGAAAUAAAAGAUGGAUUACAACACCAUUGUUAA